GGGGCUGAAAAAUGUGAAAAUGCGAACAAAAUGUGCCAAAAAUCAAUUCUUUUCUUCUUCUUCCUCCCCUAUAAAUUGUCACCAUUCCCCCAACGGCAUUUACAUAACCCAAAAUCAUCCAUUUUCUCUCUCUUCUUUCUCUCUCCUCUCUGUUUUCUAGCUUGCGCACGCACCCCUGCUUUUGCGAAUUUCCUGGAUUGAGUAUUAACAGGGCAGCAAAUUUUGGGAUUUUUUUCAGGAUAAUUCAUUUUUCGUUUUUGCGUAUCUGAUCUACUUUUUUUUUUUCGAGUGAAAAAAUAAAAAUUAAAAAUUCAGAGAUGGCAAAGAAUGUAGGAAUUCUCGCCAUGGAAGUGUACUUCCCCCCCACCUGCAUCCAGCAGGAAGUGUUGGAGGCUCAUGAUGGAGCCAGCAAAGGGAAGUACACAAUCGGGCUCGGACAAGAUUGCAUGGCGUUUUGCGACGAGGUUGAAGAUGUCAUUUCCAUGAGUAUGACAGCUGUCACUUCACUCCUAGAGAAGUAUGGAGUCGACCCAAAGCAGAUUGGGCGUCUCGAAGUUGGAAGUGAGACCGUACUCGAUAAAAGCAAAUCCAUCAAGACAUUCUUGAUGCCAAUUUUUGAGAAAUGUGGAAACACCGACAUAGAAGGAGUCGACUCAACCAACGCGUGCUAUGGGGGUACAGCUGCACUUUUCAACUGCAUCAAUUGGGUCGAAAGUAAUUCUUGGGAUGGUCGAUAUGGGCUUGUUGUCUGCACCGAUAGUGCGGUUUACGCCGAGGGGCCCGCUAGGCCAACCGGAGGAGCUGCAGCUAUUGCCAUGCUAGUGGGACCGGACGCUCCUAUUGCUUUCGAAAGCAAGCUUAGGGCUAGCCACAUGUCUCAUGUUUACGAUUUUUACAAGCCCGAUCUUGCCAGUGAAUAUCCCGUUGUUGAUGGCAAGCUUUCUCAGACUUGUUACCUCAUGGCACUCGAUUCUUGUUAUAAAAGCUUAUGUGACAAGUACGAGAAGAUGGAGGGUAAGCAGUUUUCGAUCAACGAUGCUGACUACUUUGUGUUUCAUUCUCCCUAUAACAAGCUUGUACAGAAGAGCUUUUCUAGGUUGUUAUUCAACGACUUUACGAGGGCUGCUAGCUCAAUUGACGAGGCUGCUAAAGAGAAGCUGUCACCAUUUUCCUCGUUAUCCAACGACGAAAGCUACCAAAGUCGCGACCUUGAAAAGGCAUCACAACAAGUGGCGAAGCCGUUUUACGAUGCGAAAGUACAGCCGUCGACACUUAUCCCGAAACAAGUGGGCAAUAUGUACACUGCUUCGAUCUAUGCUGCAUUUGCAUCACUCCUCCACAACAAAAACACAACUCUGGCUGGUCAGAGGGUGAUAUUAUUUUCAUACGGAAGUGGUUUAGCAGCUACAAUGUUCUCUGUCCGUAUUAAUGAGGGACAACAUCCUUUCAGCCUCUCUAACAUUGCAGCCAUAAUGAACGUUUCCGACAAGUUGAAGAAAAGACACGAGUUCCCACCGGAAAAAUUUGCCGACAUAAUGAAGCUAAUGGAGCACAGAUAUGGAGGAAAGGACUUUGUGACAACCAAGGACUGUAGUCUUCUUGCACCGGGCACUUAUUACCUAACUGAAGUUGAUUCGAAGUACCGUAGAUUCUAUGCGAGAAAGCCCGUUGAGAAUGGUACUGCCAUUACAAACGGGCAUUGAAGAUAGUCCGAGAAUAAAACGAUGCCCGUUUGAGUUUAAUUUGUUUGGCACAUUAUUGUUAUUUCGUAGCGUAUUCGAAUUUCCGUUUUUUUUUCUCGUUUUUUUUUUUUAGUUUGAAAAGAUGAUUGUGGAUGACAAUGAAGAUGUCAUUGGUGUAGUAUUCUACAUCUUUUUUAAUGAAAUUGAUUGAUCAAGAAGGUCCCUUUUGUGGCUUUUUAAA